AUGAGCUCGCCGCAAUGGCAGACUCAAGUCGUGCCGGCGCGGCUCUCCUUUCUCGCCAUCUACAAUCCUUCACUCGGACCGACCGAUGAGACGUUCGCCGACCAGCUCGUCUACUACUACUCGCGCUCAGCUCACGAAGCCCGCAUUGCCGCGAAGAAACAUGCUCGGAGCGAUGCUGCUGGGGGCGACGCGCAGCGAGAAGAAGAGAAUGAGCAACUGAGACAGAUUGGACUGGCGCAGGGAAUGGUGGAUUUCGCGCGGAGCUUUACGGAUGGCAAGACACACGUCGAUUCGAUCGAUACUGAAAAGUCACGGAUCGUGUUGCAUGAGCUGGAACCUGGCUGGUGGAUGCUGGCGUCCAUCGAUUUGACACAACUGCCAGCGGCAGCUCCCUCCUCUGCCGAAACGGCCAAGAAGAUUGGCACCAAGACCGAAUCGAAGCCAGCUAUAGAACAUUCGGCCCGCGAAGUCAGUCCGCCAGCUCUGUUGCUGCAGCAGUUGAUACAAGCCCAUUACAUCUUCAUGCUGCACCAUGGACCAUCUUUUGACGAGCUGUUCGUCCGGAUGGCUCGGGACAAAUUCUGCGGUGCUCUGGACCGAUAUUGGACUCGCUUUGCACGGACUUGGGAUGUGCUGCUCCAUGGAAAUCCAGCCGCCGAUGUGUUUGGUGGCAUUAAGUUGUCGAGCGGAGGGGAGCUUGGCAUGGGUGUGGGGGAAGAAGAAUGGGGAAGUGGAGAGCGAGACGUCUUGGAAGAUCUCACACGACGAACAAUGGGGCUGGUUGAUCUGGUAGUGUCAAGAUUCGGAGAGGCGCCACCUGUCAAGGACGAUGCUACCGUGGAUGACGGUGAACUACUUCCAUGGAUGGGCAGUGGUAGUCAGCCGAUUGCCUCAGAUGGCGUGAUCUUCGGUGGUGUGGGUGCGAUCACAAGGCCUACGCUGAGGUCGGUAUCUCUGUGGAUGCGACAGAUCUACACCUACGGCGAUCGUGCGUACGGAGUUCGAGACAAUCCGUUGCGUCCGAGACAAAAGCGUAUACCACCGCCAAUCGCAACUGCUGUGGAACGAUCGGAAAACAAAGCGUCAAAGCAGGCUGAUGCCGAUGCUGCCAAGGCGGAAGCUCAGUCGGAAGACGCUGGAACAACGCUUGGAAUACCUGAUCAGUACAUGAAAUAUCUCACAUUUGGACUGAGCACGUUUGCAAAGUCGAGCAACCCAUCACGGCCAGAACCUCCACGCAGAACAAUCGCUAAACAGAAGCGGAUGGAAGAGACCGGACAUUUUGUCAUCGGUCUGAGAGGAGACCUUAGCUCGAUAGAUGAAUCGGAUAGUGGCAUCGGGAGUGAUGGAGAUGAUGAGUCCUCGGGAUUACGAAGUGUUCUACGCACUCUUCAAGUCGAAUUGAACGAGACGCCGACAGCCGACGAAGACAAGACUGAGCUUCAGAAAAAGCUGAGUGAAGCCGGGCUUUCUGCUGGACGAAAUGAUCGGAAGGACUAUCGCAGACUGCGUGUACUGGUGUACGUCCAUCGACCCUUCAUGUACUGCUUCCUCUUUGAAGACCGCACUCCGUCAUUGAGCGUGGCCGGUUUCUUCAAAGAUUUGCACCACAACUUGCUGCCCAUCCACAAACCGCUGCUGUCAUCGACGAGCGUUGCAAGAGUUGCGCAGCGAAUCGAGGAGACUCAAACACCGAGCAAGAAGUCGAAAGAGCCGACUGCCAUAUACGACCUGAUAUAUGACCCAGCACUACUGACGGUACACACCAGCGUGCCGAACAUUCCCGAGCCCGGCACCUCCGCCGCAGAAGGCAUCAUCUCCGGAAUGAAGAGUAGCAGCAUCAACAGUCCAUCCCUCUGGACUCGCAUCGAAGCUCUCAACGUACAUAGCCAAAUCCUCAGCACCCUUUCCAGCGUCCAACGCAACCCACAUGAGUACGAGCGCACCAGCAAAACAACUCGCAAUUGGUGGGUAGUCUGGAUGAAGCUCUCACCUUCCAGUCCCGCCGAAACCCUAUCGAACACAUGCAAACCUCCCCCAGGUGACGACGCGAAACCGACUCCCGCCACUCUCCGCCACGAAGACUCCACCGACUCCAAUGACACAAACAACACAGCAUCCACAGACCCCACCUCCAUCGCCAUGGAAAAGGCCGUCGCACCACCACUCAACCGCAUCGCAAUCCUCGUGCGCAAAGCCUCCGACGCCGUCGCGCCGCCGCCCAAGUCGACGAGUCGUGCGGCGAGCAGUAUGUGGAACUCGCUGUCGCUGAGGAGCAAUUCGACGUCGGAUGAGAUUACGGGUGGUGCAAGUGCGGGGUGGGGACCCGCGGCGUUGGCGGGUGGGAUUGGGAUUGAUGCGAGGAAGUAUGUGGAGGGGUUGUUGAGUUUGAAUCGUUGA